GAUGCCAUGCUGAUAUAUCGCAUGAACUUCGUCAAUCAUGGCGGAAGGAGGAGGCAAUGGAGUUCCUGAUAUUAAACAACAAAAACAGCAAAUAUUGGAAUUUCUUGAUACCCCAUUAAAGAAGGGGGACUGUUGGUACCUGAUAGACAGCAAGUGGUUUAAACAAUGGAAGAAAUUUGUUGGAUAUGAUAGCUGGGAUGUCUAUAACAUGGGCAAUGAUGCCUGUAACCCAGGGCCAGUGGACAACUCUGGGAUCUUUGUAGAGGGAGAUGUAGGUAACUUGAAGGAGCAUUUGAUUGAUGAGCUUGACUUUGUUUUGGUUCCUACCGAAGCAUGGGAUACACUGACUGCAUGGUAUGGUUCUGUUAAGGAUCAGCCUCCAGUGCACAGGAAGGUUGUUGAGUAUGGAAUGUUUGUCAAACACUGUAAGGUGGAGGUUUAUUUGAUGGAGCUCAAGCUAUGUGAAAACAGCAAUCUAGAUAACAUGGUGCCUCAAAAGUUUAGUAAAGCUGACACUAUCGAAACUAUUGAAAAGGAAAUGAAAAGACUAUUCAAUAUUGAAAAUGAAAAGGAGACAAGGAUAUGGAAUAAGUACAUGAGUAAUACAUAUGAGCAAUUAAGUAAGAAGGAGAAUACAGUUCAAGAUGCCGGGCUGUAUCAGGGACAGGUCCUUGUGAUAGAGCAAAAGAAUGAAGAUGGUACAUGGCCAAGGCAACCAGCCAACAGCACUACCAGUAGUUCAUAUAAAGAUAGUUCUAGUAGUACAUCAACUAAUAGUAGUAGAUACAUAACAAACUCAACGGGAAGAAGUUCAUACAGCUAUCCAUCAUACAACAGUACCAGUAGUUCUGAUUAUGGUCGCUCUAUCAAGCCAUCAGUCCAGGAAGGUUUAUGUGGUCUUGGUAACUUGGGCAACACAUGUUUUAUGAACUCUGCCUUACAGUGUAUGAGCAAUGUUCCUCCUCUCACCAGAUACUUCCUUUCUAAUGAGCAUAAGAAAGAACUGAAUUAUGACAAUCCACUCGGUAUGCAUGGAGAGAUAGCUAAAGCCUAUGCAGAUCUCAUCCAACAGAUGUGGUCUGGUCUCAACUCAUACCUCAUACCAAGGAACUUCAAGAUGCAAGUUGGUAGAUUUGCCCCUCAGUUCUCUGGUUACCAGCAGCACGACUCCCAAGAAUUAUUAGCUUUCCUAUGUGAUGGUUUACAUGAAGAUCUUAAUAGAAUACAGAAGAAACCUUAUGUUGAGCUUCGAGACAGCGAUGGAAGGCCAGAUGAGGUUGUUGCUGAUGAGGCAUGGGCAAAUCAUCUGAAACGAAAUGACUCAAUAAUUGUUGACCUCUUCCACGGCCAAUUCAAGUCGACAUUAGUUUGUCCUGAAUGUCAAAAGAUAUCUGUGACCUUUGACCCUUUCAGUUUCCUUAGUUUACCCCUCCCUACCAAGAAAGAGAGGACAAUGGAGGUGUUUCUCAUCAGACUAGAUCCUAAAUCAAAACCACUUCAGAUGAAAGUAGUUGUACCAAAGCAUGGUAUGGUGUAUGACCUGUGUAAAGCAAUAUCCAAAGUAUCACAGAUCUCCCCAGACAAGAUGGCAGUUACAGAUGUCUACAAUCAUAGAUUCCAUAAAGUGUUUGCACCUAAUGAUAGGGUGGAAAGCAUCACAGAAAGAGAUGACAUCUUUGUCUAUGAGGUUCCAGUGAACAGUGCUGAUGAUCCAGAUACCAUCAUUAUACCUGUCUAUCUCAGGGAAAGAAAUUGUAAGAGAGGAAGCUUCAGCUAUUCAUCUAGUAGCUAUUCAUUGUUUGGUCAACCUAUGCUGAUUGCAGUACCUCGUAAACAUACUACAUACCAAGAUCUAUACCAGAUCAUCAUCAAUAAAAUGAGUCGGUAUGUGAAGAAACCAGACACAGAUGAGUGGUAUAAAGAAGAUGAAGAGGGAAAUGAGGUCGUGGAAAAUGGAGAAACAGAGAUGGACUCUGAUUCUGAUUCAAAGGAUCAUUGUAGCUCAGGAGAUGAAACCAAUCAGAAUCAUAAAGAUGAUCCUCCUCCAUCCAAGGAGAAGAAAUCUAAAUCUAAGCCAUUAGACCGACGAUCCCUUCUCUUCAGAAUGACUCUAGUCAACUCCUAUGGCAGUGCAGAGUUAGCAAGGUUAAAAGAUGAUGGGGCACCACUCAGGUUCAACAAUCGUACAUACAUAGCACUAGAUUGGAAGGACAAGGCAAAAAAUAAGUUCUACAUUGAAACAGAAGCAGAAGAUUCUGAGCCUCAUGAAAGUAUGAACCUACGAAGUGUGUCAAGAAAGCAACAAGUAGAUCUUAGUGAGUGUCUUAAUCUCUUCCUUACAGAAGAAACACUAGAGAAGGAAGAUUCAUGGUAUUGUCCAGCUUGUAAAAAGCACCAGCAGGCUACAAAGAAGUUUGAUCUCUGGAAAUUACCCAAAGUGCUUAUCAUUCAUCUCAAGCGAUUCUCUUAUAAUCGAUUCUUGAGAGACAAGCUAGAUACAUUAGUUACUUUCCCUACAGAGAAUCUUGACAUGUCCCGUAGUGUAAUAUGUCCGAAUGGUGGGCCAUAUCAGUAUGAUCUGGUAGCUGUGAGUAAUCAUUAUGGAGGAAUGGGAGGAGGACACUACACUGCAUAUGCUCAAAAUGCAUGUACACAAAACUGGAACUACUUUGAUGAUAGCUCAGUGUCUGAUGCUAACAAGGAACAAGUUGUUUCAAAAGCUGCCUAUGUGCUGUUCUACCUUCGUAAAGAUAGAGUAGAGGAAUACAACCAGUCAUUAUCACAGUUUAUAGCCAGUAGAGGAGAAGAGACAACUCAAAAUGGAGAUGCAGAGGAAGAGGAACAGCAUAUCGCCACGGAAACCUGUGACCGAAAACUACGGAGUCACACGGGAGCUAGGAGUAAACGACACAGUAAUGGACUUUCAGACAGUGAAGAGGAGAUGGAAACAAAUUGAUGUAGACUGGAACAUAGACUAUAUCUUUAGUGGGACAGACCAUGUAGGAUUGUCAUGAAUGCAUUGCUGUUUGCCUGUUGUAUUUCUAUUGGAUACCUGCAACGAAUGGAAAGCCUAUUGAUGUACUACUGACCCAACACCGUCCAUAUGCAUGCAUGUAGGAUAGAUUGAAUAGGAAGGCUUAUCUGGGUCUAGCCUCUCUUUCUCAGUUGUGAAGUCAAUCUGACAUAUCUUACCUUGCAGAGUAAAGGUGUGUAUUGGCUCUGAACACCCAUUUGCUAAGUUCUUGUUAUUGAAUUCUGAUGAGUGAGCUAGCAACGACCAGCCAGUAGCAUUAUCUGACUGUCAAGCACUAUUUCAUAAAAUAUCAAGUCUGGAUCAAUUUCAUCUAUUUAAUUCUAUUCUUAAUAUUUAUUGACUUGAAACUGCUGACACAUAUUGCAAUAGAUAAAGGAUAUUGUCUUUUCCAAAUCUUCUCUUCUUUCAUAUCUAGUGUUAGAAAUUGAAGGAUAUAUGAACCAUAACUCAGCUGGGCUCUUUUGGUAGGUUAUACAGCCGAGGGUGACUCCCCCUCCAGAUCUUAGUUGCUAACUGUGCAGUCAUUCCAAAAAUCAGCAAAUGUUUUGCUCAUGGCAUAGUCUGUGACAUUGCAUAGUUAAUUUUUGGAAAAAUUCUGUGAUAUGGUCGAUUAUGCUAAUUUUUGCUUAAAAUCAGAAUUC